CUUCUAAUAGCCUUCACUGGUCUCCGUCCAGAGCAACGGGGUCUGUUGGUCCAUUUUAUAUAUGUCAAUGGUUUUAGCCCUUGUCUGUUAGCUUAUGUAUCUUCUCCAUUUAAUUACUGAACGUUCACCUGCAUCUGUCUGUAAACCAACAUUUAGCCUUGCUUCGACAAUAAACUAUUAUCUUGUCCGAGGUUACCGGGAGUUAUACACAAGUUCAUACAAAAUACAGCUGGGUUUACUGUUUGUUAAGGGUUGCUUUCCCAAUUUUCGAUGUACAUGUCAAGCACUAAAUGAAAAAGUGAAAAAAUCAUCAAUUGCUAAACCCAUAUUAUAUUUCUAGCCAAUAAAUUCGAUGUUAGACAAGUCCAAAAUAUGUAAAAGGGAUGAAUUAUUAAAUCAUCUCCAUCCAUGUCCAUAGUCUGGUCUGCCAUUUUGUAAAUGAUUUUGGAGUGAAAGAAAAUCUGUUCAUUGAAUUAUUGACCAGGAGAACAUUCUUGCUUUUAAUCAUCCAUCUAAGUCAUUUUUUUCACUGCCCAUGUUUUCACAGUGUGUGUUGUUUCAGCUGGCCUUGGCUUAAUUCCAGGUCAGCUGUGACCACAGCAAACAUUUCUGUCCUUUCCAACCUCCUGGAGAGCAACUAAGACAAGACCAUGAGAGAAAAGACAGACACUCCAGCAAAGGACCUGCAUUGGCAUCUCAUCCUGCAGACAUGGAGGGGUUCAGUGAAAAGCUUUUCUGCUGCAGGUGGGUGCGCCACAGGGUUCCCCUGGCCCACAGAGAGGAACUGUACCACAUCCUGAAGAUGACAGGGCCUCUGCUGCUCUCUCGAAUCCUAAAUUAUCUGCUUCCAUUUGUGGUUACAAUGUUCUGUGGGCGUUUGGGAAAUGAAGUUAUGGCUGGCUAUGGAUUAGCUUCUGCUACCAUUAAUAUUACCACUGCAGCUACAGGAUGUGGUCUGGCACUGGCAUGCGAUACUUUGGUGUCUCAGACAUUUGGUGGUAAGAACCUGCUGCGGGUGGGAGUGAUCCUUCAGCGGGGCAUCAUCAUCCUGCUGUUGUUCUGUCUGCCCUGCUGGGCUCUGCUCAUUAAUGCCCAGGCCGUCCUGUUAUGCCUGGGCCAGGACCCUGAGGUGGCCAGAAUAGCCCAGCUGUAUAUAACAGGCUUCCUUCCUGCAGUACCAGCAAUGUUUCUACAACAUCUCCAGGUGUCUUACCUGCAGAAUCAGGGUAUAAUACUGCCACAAAUGUACACUGCUGCCAUGGCAAACAUAGCAAAUGUGAUGACGAACUACAUCUUUCUUUACUGGCUGGAUCUGGGUGUUAGCGGAUCUGCAGCAGCCAACACUCUGUCUCAGAUUUACAUCUGCACUUUUCUGUUUGCUUACAUUUGGUGGAAGAAGCUCCAUGUAAAGACAUGGGGAGGCUGGUCUGUAGAAUCACUGCAGGAGUGGGGUUCCUACAUGAAACUGGCCAUUCCCAGUACAUUAAUGAAGUGCUUUGAGUGGUGGGUUUAUGAGUUUGGUGGAUUUGUUGCAGGAAUGCUGAGUGAAGAUGAGCUGGCAGCCCAACAUGCUGUGAUGAUGGUGGCUUUCAUAACAUACAUGUUCCCUCUUGGUAUUCAAGCUGCAGCAUGUGCCCGAGUGGGUAAUGCUGUCGGUGCAGGAGACACUGCCAGGGCGAUCCUCACCAGCAAGAUGUCAUUAGCGCUUGCAGGUAGCAUUGCAGUUGUUGAAGGUAUUGUGCUUGGCGCUACUAAAUCAGUGAUUGGCUUCAUCUUCACCUCUGAUGUGAAGAUCAUAGGUCUAGUCUCACACUUGAUGAAUGCUCACUGUUUCCUUCAGUUCUUUGAUGCUCUUGUGUGUGUGUGCACAGGCAUCUUCUUGGGCACGGGCAAACAGAAGAUACCAGCUCUGGCCAAUUUCAUUGGAUACUACUGCAUAGGACUUUCACUGAGCGUUACUUUAACGUUUGUUGCAAAACUGAGAAUUUUAGGUUUUUGGCUGGGAUUGCUCGUUUGUGUCAUUUUACAAUCCACCUUCUACAUCAUUGUCAUCUUCAAUCUGAACUGGGAGAGAAUGACAGAGGAGGCUGUUAACCGAGCACAGAUCAACACGCCUAUGACAUUAUUAAGCACAGCUGCCCUGUCAGACGCUUUCUGUAACAACACUGCUGACCAGACAGAGAGCAAUGGGAAUUCAGUUGAAGGCUACGAGUCUGUGAGCGCCGAGUGCCAUUAUGGGAAGAUGAAGACACAGGGGGGACAUGUUGUCCAGCAGCUGAAGGGUUGUCGUCUCUCCACUACCCAGCUGAUCCUCAGGCGAGGCCUCACUAUGUUUGCAGCAGUUGCACUUCUGGCUGUGGGAGCAAGUGUGCACUUCCUUGUGCCUUUGCCAGAAACCCUGCCUUCAGAGGCCAACUUUACUUUGGACUGGAUCAAUACGACAUAUACUCCUGAUCAGAUUUUUACCACUGUCUUUAAUUCGACUUAUUCUCUUUGACAGACUGGGCUGUGAGCCAAAA